AUGCCCUCGGCCGACGCCUCGUCUACUUCCACCAAACCCAACGGGACCAGCUCCAGCCGGGAGGAGCUCGCAUACUACAAGGCACAAUAUGAGCAAUUAGAGGCCGAGUUGUCCGAAUUCCAAGCGUCCAGUCGGGAGUUGGAGGCGGAGCUGGAAAAAGACAUUGAAGCAUCCGAAAAGCGAGAGCGACAAUUGAAGGAGAAGGUGGAUGGUUUGAGAUAUGAGGUUGAUGAAUGGAAGACCAAAUACAAGCAAUCCAAGUCGGAGGGUGAUGCUGCUCAGAAUGUCUUACAAAAAGAGAUCACCUCGCUCCGGGAUACCAACCGAACACUACACUUGAAAUUGCGAGACAUCGAAGUGGCGAACGAUGAUUAUGAACGUCAGGCUCGUCAUACGACUUCAUCCCUGGAGGAUCUGGAGUCCAAAUAUAACAUGGCUAUUGAGAGAGAGGUCCUAUUAGAGGAGGAGAUCAAGAACGGGGAACAGGAGCGGGAGAAACUACGCAUUGAUAAUCAGCGUCUCCGUGGCGAACUGUCUGAGCUGAGGGUUGAGACGGAGAUAGUGCAGGAGAAGCUCCGCAAUGCGGAAUUGCAUGGCGGUCGACACAAGAAGCCGGUUUCCUUGUUCCGCAGCCCAAGCACGCCGCAGACUCCUGGGUUCUUCGAUCGCUCCCCAAGGGUGUCAACGGUGUCGUCCCCCUUGUUUAGCACCCCCCCCAUGAAACCCGCCCUACUCUCUGCCGCUGCAACUCCCCCGUCGCCGCCAAUUUCCGAAUCAUCUAAUAGUAUGCGCAAGUCUAUUAAUGCCACACCUGGUUUUCCCCGGCAAAAGGCGUCCGCUUCGAAGUCGCUUGGCUCUUGGUCCAUGUACGACACGAGGUCGCAAAGAAACAACAACGCCCACACUCGUGCAACCUCCUUUGCUCAUAGCACCGGCCGCUCCACCUCGUCCAUAUUGUCCCGUCCCAGCGUAUCCGAUGAAACCACUCGGCAGGGCGGACUAGCCCACUCCGGAUCCCUGUAUCAGAUCCGUGGCCUGAUCGGCAAGAUGCAGAAGCUGGAAGAGAGGGUCCAGUCGGCCAAAUCUAAGCUGCCCCCUCCUUCGAAUUCCCCAUCCCGUGCCUCUUCUCGCUCGGGAUCCGUAUCCGUGGUGGGAGAGAGUCCGGUUGCCUCGACGAUCACGACUCGAAGGAAUUCCCGCAAGCGGUUGAGUGGCAGCAGCCUCAGCUCGUCGAUUCACGGGGACGGUGCCUCGUCGUACCUGCCGCAAGGCCGACCGUCUUUUAGCACGCGGACUCAGGGGGACAGCCGACCGAGCAGCCGCACGAGCUACUCUAGCUCCUUCAGCCAGAGCACCCACCCCAGUAUGGCGCCGUCUACUCGCCCCGAGAGUCGUCAGAGCCGCACCAAGACGCCACUAGGACAUUACUCGACUAACCCGACCACUGAAAGCCGGCAGCUACGGGCAUCCGUCAGCAAUCCGUCCGGUCAAGGCCCUCCCGUGAACGGUAUGACCUACAUUGACGAAGACGCGAAUCUUUCCUUGAGCAUGUCUGUGCGAGCGAAGAUUAGCGAGGUCCGCGAGACCCGCCUGGGUUCGAUUUCCACUCCUAAUGGGCUGAAGAAGCGUACCCCUAGUGGAGUUUCUGCCAUCCCAGCUCCUCGAAGCUUCCGAGCCAGUACCGGAUUGGAUCGGCCGGAAAGCAGCAUUGAUCCAAAGUCCCAGGUCCACGAUUUGGGUGAGACAUUCUAA